AUGAGUGAAAAUGUAAUAUCUGAAGAAGGACUAUUAUGCGCUGGAUGUAAGAGGAUGUAAGUGUGUAUUUUCAGCUUUCAAAAGUUAUCCUACUUUGAAUUCUAGUCUCUCGCUUUUUAAUUAGCCUGUUAAUUCAUAAGGAAGUUAUGUUCAAAAAUCUAUACAUGGGGACUCUAAAUCAGAGUCCAGAUGUUAGACCACACUGUCCGUAAUUCGUUCUCGGUAAAUGUCGCCUCGGCUGUUCUGUCAAUGGAUAUGCUGUUUAAGGACACAAGAUAAUACGGUCAUAACAAUUUUAGCCAAAUUUUGUUCAAGGUUUCGUAACAAUGCUGGUUACUAGUAUGUCCUGAUAACAAGGAGCUGCGUUUCAACUGACGAUCGCAUAGCGAUUAAUUAUCAGCAACCUAGAGGCAUGGCCAAUGAAGUCAUAAAAGACGCAAAGGAUAUGUUCAAGUUACAUACCGUACACAGUCAUUCACACGGCGGCACGCGAAUCUGAUGCCCAAGAAUCACUGGACAGAUGACAUGGCUGAUUAUUUUUGAAAUUACCUGUUACUCGUCUUGAGAAAGCGUGCUUUUAUCAUCUUUCCUUUAUCAAGAACACUCAUCCGCAGCUGUUUAUGAUGAUAGGUUCGAGUAGGAAUCAUAAACGUCAGGUCAAUAAAUAUCUUGUUCCAGUGACUGCAUCUUUGUCUUCCAAACCCUGGCUGUCUAUGUGCCGGGUAACAAUUUCCGUGUUAUGUCAUAUCUAGAUAAUGGCUUGAUUUAUUCGGCUACUGACAGUUGUCAGUGGAACUCCGAUAUACCGCAGUAUGUACAAAAAACUGGAGGUCGCCAGUUUUGCACAUCUAUGUAUUUAGGUUGAUGUCUCCGCUGUAUUUACACCUACACUCUGCGCAUGUAUGUGUCCUUGCUCAUCACUUUCCAAGUUGAAAUAUCCUUAAGGUUUGAAGGUGGAGAAUGCCUUAAGACAAAUCAAAAACAGGGAUAUAAAUAUGAACAUAAAAACGUGUCCACUGACCGCCAGGUUCUGACGCAUCGUGCAUCUGACGCCACACGUGUUAGUCUUGCGCCUUUCAGUGGAGAGGGGGAGUUUAUAUAUGGCUGAACAAGGGCCUGACCGUAGUUUAUAACUGUGCUUUAGGACGCCCAGAUACCUCAGAAAUAGUCACCCUCGAGAUGAAAUGAACCAGAAGCAGGCUCAGAUAGGCGGACACCACGAGUUCACCGGUCUGCCAGCUCUAAAAAUACCAUAACGGGAUAGGAUUGAUGGAUUUGUCCACUGGCAGCUCCUGGGAUAGCACGGUCAUCUGAAUAUGGUCUCCAUUUUACUCCCUGUUAGAUAGGAUCCCAGUCGUCCCCUUGUUUUCCUGGAAACCUAGACAGUUUUGCAGGAAUCGAGUGGUGUAUGGCAAGUGUAAACGGACCGCUGGACCCCUUCAGUCACUGUGCCCAAGGCAACUCCGGCCAGCCUGUCUUGUUACCAGCCUCGGGGGAGAAGGGGGAAAUCCCGCACAAGUCUGCUAUUAUUAUAUGAGAUGUCACACACGAGUCACUGUUUGGCGUCUACCAAGCUAUGCGGCACAUCGUGGGCAUCGUUGUACGCCACGGGAAAACUGUCAGGACCCCUAUAACGAAUCUCGCUAUAUGUGCGCUGGCCAACAACGAGGGUCCAAUCAAUUCACGGCAAGCCUUUACUUGACUGUGAAGAUUUCGUGCCAGUCCGUACUUACUUCCGCACAUUAAGUCUGCGUGUGACACGCCUCAACGCAGGUCUUAAGGUUGAAGCGGCAAUGAGUAGGUUGUCUGUACGCUACCGUCAGCAAUUUGUUGUGACCUAGCGGCGAGAGUAAGUGUUCUGAGCACCACAAUAAUCAGGACAAAUCCCAGUAUUGUAGGGGAAAGAGGAAGGCACCAGAAUGAGGGGGUUAUUGUGCACAGAACCCGGAGUUGUCCUCUCAGGCGGCAGGGGUCACUGGCGAAGCCACUGGGCUGGUGUUGAAUGCGUCCAGUCAUGCCUGAGAGUCCCUUAGAUAGUGGUGGCAGCCGCUUUUGUAGACUCGUGGGCCAAGCUCAAGUGGUCUCCAAUCGGUGUGUGUGUUGCAUUUGCCGAGGGGUGGUGUCCCAGGGCUAGUUUUGUUGGUUGCAGGAGGUGGCACGUUCAAGUGGCGCAUUGGUGGCCACGAAAUUAUGCGGACGCAAUUGUGUUCGAGCUGAAGUCGGUCGAGCGGCUUCAGGUAAGCGAGUCUGGAACGACUCGCUGCAUGGGGUGAAUGAUCUUGAGGCAGCGAGGUCUUGAACAAGGACGUCAGACCGGUUACGAUGGCUGCCCGCUAAAGCGUCACGUCGGCAAUCGCACUCAGUCAAAUCAUCAGAAGGUUGACAUGCUUGGACAGAUACGUUGGAGAGGGAUUUUGGGGUGAGAUCAGCACUGGGGACUCCAGCAUAUUCCUCAUCUUAAUAAAUGUGGCCCGUCCGAAUUUAUUACGACGUACUAAAAGUCGUGGUUUGGAAGACUGUGGGGUAACUUGGUUUCCAUUGUCAAUACUUCGUGUGUAGUGACUGACUGGUUAACUAAGAGUCCGUCGCACUCACGCGAGAUCCGAGUCGCCCUCAUGGCACAGGAACCGAAUACCAGGUCGUGUGUGGCACGCGUAGAAUAGCUGCUUAGCCACUGCGCCCAUACCUCCAUCCGGCAAUCAAAACAUCUUUUUGUCGUCAAUGGAGACUGGUGAGGAAGGAGAGAGUAUGGCAGGCGCUGUGCAAGUUUGCCUCAGUAUAGGCGCAAUUAACUGGAACUGCGUUUAUUUCAUGUUUCCAUCGACAUCCUGUUUCCCUGGCUCUAGUUUGAUGAAGAAAUAGUAGACGCAGACAAGUCAGUGUGCCGGAUAUUGUUUCUUUUCAAAAGGAACCAUAAUGACCACUUUCCUUCGUCGAGACAAGCACCGUAGAAAACCAUAAUCUGCGUAUUUCUGUGCAGAAUCCCCUUUUUACCAGAUGCGCCGCCACUGUUUUACAGUAGAUGUGCUAACUCAUGAAAUUUGAACCAAAAUUCUGAAAUUCGUUAUCGACUUUAAAAGAUUACCUAAGUGGGGUUGUAAUAUUAAUCACCAAAUAACAUAAUCCCAAGAUAUUUCAGUUACUUCGGGAUGCUGGGCUUUAUACAAGCUUUUUUCUGACCGCCUGCAAAACCCUUACUCUGUAAAAAUGACGUCCUAAGUAGCACGAAUUUUUCUCGUUUGAUUUCAAUGCCAUUAUAACUUCAAAUAUAUUUUGUAGAAAACAUACAUGGAAAUAUUCUUUAUUUACUCAUUUGGAGGAAAAUUACUUCUUUUUCGGAUAUUAUACUGGAAGAAAGAGUGUAUUUCAGUUUUAAAAAGUUUCUAAUUAUGAGAUUUUGAAGACUUGAAAUGCCCGCGCAUAAGGCAUCGUGUCUCUGAAUUUACUAGUGUUGCCUGUGAAGUUUACAAUAGGGCUCAAAUUCACUGCUAAAUCCUAUGAACCCCAUAUGUUCUCCUGUUAAUAGCGUUUAAAAAUGUAUAAUUUUCCGUACACGAAAAUUAUUAAACUUGUUGUUCGGAAACUCCGAAUACAGGUGUAACGGCGGGUCGGGUUCAAAAUUAUUUAGGAACUAAAAGCAUUUUUAAAACUGAAUUAUACCUUUCCACCGAGUGCAAAAUUUGAAGAAGACAUAACUUUCUACCAAAUGUGUAAACGAAUGAAUAUUUCCAUGUAUACUUUCUAUGAAAUAUAUUUGAAGUUAAAGUGACAUUGAAAGAAACGAGAAAAAAUUCGUGCCACUUAGGUAGUCAUUUUAACUGCUCAAAGGUUUUGCAGGCGGUCAGACAAAAACGUUUGUUUAAAAGCCGGCAUCUCGAUGUAACUGAGAUAUCUUAUGAUAGUGUUGCACGGUGGUUAAUAUAACAACUCCACUAAGGUGACCUUUUUGAGUCGAAAACGCAUUUCAGAAUUUCGGUUACUAUGAACCCUUAUAGCAACAGGAGUACGAUGAGUUCUUGUGAGGCGCAUAUACUGGACACGCGAUAAAAAGGGGCUUCCUGUCACGUAAGCCUCCGCACCCUGUCUCGCCACCAACUGAUUGACAGAAUCAGACAGGUCACUGAUGCGCGGACGAGGCAGAAUUGCGUGAAGCCGACACUGAGGAGGAACCCAUCGUCAUGGUAUCUCCGCGCAUUCCUCACUAGUGACUGAGACCCAAUACGAGUGAAGUGAGGUUUUGUUCAAUAACAGCAUGAAAAUGUUUUGCUGUCUAAGAUGUUGCACUCACUUGCUAUAUAUUCCCUUUCUCACAGCCUUAAUAAUCCUCAAACCCUGAUCUGCGGCCACACCUUUUGUAAGGAGCCCUGCCUUGGAAAAUUGACUGUGGGCCAUGGAUUUGUGGAGUGUCCCUUCUGUUUUGUUGAAAUGGCUGCCUCCUCUGUAGUUGCGGAUUCUGUCCUCGCAGGCCGGUUGCGCCAAUAUCUCAUUCAGAAGUGCAAGGCCAUUUUGGGUAAAGAGGUCUGUGCCUGA